CAACUGAGUGCAUGUAGUUCAUAGUUGUGGGAGUUUUGUUGCAGUAUUGAAAAGUUCGAGCUAACAGUUGUGAGGAUUUCGAUUUCGAAACACUGUGGUUAGCUUGAAUAAAUAAGUUCGCCAUGGAGGGCACAAAUCUAUUAUUAGGUCUUGGGAUGUUUGUUUGUGAUGAAAUUGUGCACCACAAGCUAUUUGGAAGGUUCAUUUAAGUAUUCAGUUCCGAGGAAGUAGAUUGCCCAAAGUCGACAUGAACUCAGGGCAAGAAAGAACUUGGACCUCUAGAAAUGAUCUCCGUCGAAGGAUCAUCUUGUCCCUCAUGUUCCUUUGUAUUUCCUACGCCAAAUCAACCAAUUUCCCCUCAACUGCAUCCGAAAAGAGAGAUGGAUCUGAACCGCAUCCGGCCAAUUGUACCAAACCAGCCAUUGAAGAAUUCCCAAGGGAUUUCUUCACCCAGGCCCAAAGAAUGAAUGGAGGGGUUGUGGUCCACUUCUUGAUUGCCCUCUACCUGAUCCUUUCUCUUGGUACCAUUUGUGACGAUUAUUUCGUCCCUGUCCUGGAGAUCUUGUGCGAAAAACUUAAUUUGAAGCCUGAUGUGGCUGGAGCAACCUUCAUGGCCGCAGGCACAUCAUCGCCCGAAUUCUUUGCCAAUAUCAUGGGUACCUUUGUCACUGAGACUGACUUGGGUAUUGGCACCAUUGUGGGAUCUGCAGUAUUCAAUAUAUUUGGAGUUAUUUCCGUCUGCGGACUUUUCUCUGGAAGAAAAGUACAACUUGAUUGGUAUCCAAUCACGAGGGAUUGUUUCAUAUAUGGCUUAAGUGUGCUAAUUCUCAUUGGAGUUCUCAUUGACGAGGCCGUUUACUGGUACGAAAGUCUUCUCAUGGUGAUUGCUUAUACAGGGUACAUUCUCAUUAUGGUCUUUAAUGGACCCUUGGAGCGAUGGUCCCAUGAGACAAAGAAGACCGUUCGAACCAAAGUCUUUCCCAAGAUUCCAACAGAGAGUACUCCUCUUCACACUGCAAAUCCAAUUGUUGCGACUGAAUCCAAAGGUGUUCAAACUACACUCCCCGAAGAAGCUCGAAUGAGUAUGGAGCCGGACACUACGGAUGAGUUUGACGGCGGAGAGAAAGUCAUGAAACCAUGGGAGCGCCCUUCUGGCUGCUUUCAUAACCUUUGGUGGAUGGUGUUCUUUCCCAUUAAUUUGCUUCUUUUCAUUACCAUUCCGGAUGUGCGCUAUCCGACCUGUGCCAAGUUUUAUCCCCUCACGUUCUUCAUGUGCAUGGCUUGGAUUGGCGUCAUCUCCUAUGUAGUCACUUGGAUGAUCACCAUUGUGGGCUUCACCCUGGCCAUUCCGGACUCAGUGAUGGGCCUUAGCUUUCUAGCCGUAGGCACCUCAAUUCCGGAGGUCAUUUCGAGCCUGAUCGUCUCUCGCCAAGGCAAAGGUUCCAUGGCCGUAUCCAACAGUAUUGGCUCGAACACUUUCGACAUUCUACUCUGUUUGGGAUUGCCUUGGCUUAUCAAGGCCAUUAUCCAAGGCUCCACCACGGACGAGGAGUGGCUCAUCCGAGUGAACUCUGAAGGAUUGGCAUACACUGUCAUCUCGUUAUUACUCAGCCUAAUCUUCCUCUAUGUCAUUCUAGUAGCUUCGCGAUUUGUGCUCUCUAGAACCUUGGGAUUCGUUUGCUUAGUCAUCUAUGCCAUUUUCCUGACCAUUUCCAUUCUGUUCGAACUGAAUGUGUUCUUUGUGGUGAACCUUCCUUCAUGUUCUAGCAAUUAUUAAUACUCGCCCAGUGAAUCCAAAACCUGUAUAAUGACGGAUUCGUUUCAGGAAUUGGAGCAAUACUUCCGAAAUCUGACACGAUGAAAUUUCUUUGUUGUUUAAAUAUUUGAACCGCGCCAAAACCCAAAGGCGGGAAAUUCAAAAUUCGUUGUCAGAUAUUUUUAGCACCCAGACAGAUAUUUUUUUAGGUACAGUUCAUUCGUCAAGUAAAACCGGAACAGCUAACAAUAAUCGAAAAUCUUUAUCUUAUGAAACUGGCAAUUUAUUGUGUAAUGAAUCUGAUCGGAUAUGUAGACUAGAAUUAUUGAUUGAUGUUGAAUAAAUCGUACAACGACGAAUAGAAUAACUCUUCAAAGACAUUUAGGCACUAAAUGGCCAGGGAUGGUGGUGACCGUGAAAGCAGAUCUUGAG